CCUUAGUGUUAUUGAGGAAAAUAUAUCAUUCUCAAACUUCAAAUUAUGUAUAUUUUUUUUAGAGAAUAAAUUAAGUUUUAUGUAUCAUUGGUUAAAUGGGAACUUGAAAUUCUCUCCAAAUACAUUCGAGUGACGUGGGCCUAGAAUUGGGCUUUUGAACUGUAAUCUCAACGUGCCUUUUUGUUACCUGAAUUGGGCCGCAGCUGCAUCCGCAUUGGGCCUAAGGAUCGUGGUUUGUUUCCCAAUCAUAUGCUAUUUUUCACUUAACUCCUUGGGCCUUUCGUCAAUUCGGCUAAACACUCCUUAAUUAAAUUUCCCGCUCGUUAAUUAAGAAGAAAACCUAACCUCUUUCGAACAUAGAAUUCCAUUAAUGGUUUAGGACAACCCCCCAAGCAAUACAAAUACUUCUCUCCCGUCCCACCAUCAUUCCCACAACAACAAUCCAUCAAUGGGGAAAGAAGAACAAGAUCAAGAACCUCUGCUGAAUCUCGAGGACUUGAAAGGCAAAAUCGAUUUCACCAGCGCCAAGCAUUGGACCCCGCUCGACUACCUUCGCAACAUCGCCUCCAUCGCGCUCAGCAAACUCCUACGUCAGGAAGCCCGCCAAAAAGAAGGAACUGAUCACCACGACCUCGUAACGUCCAAGAAUAGGAAAACCCUAUCUGGAACUGGAAUUAGCGACGAGAUCGGUGGUGACGAUAGGAUCUUUGUCGAAAGGAAAACGAGCCGGAGGAAAGUGGACGAUGGCUACUUCGUUAGUGGGAACACACGGCUCCUGCAGCAAGCAGGAGCCGUGAUCCCCGAAAGGUUCCGUCUCUAUGUGGAGACGGAACUCGGAGGGAGGGAGACGAAGCUGAUGAUACAGAAGAAGCUGUUCGCGUCGGACGUCGAUCCUUCGAAGGCUCGGUUGUCGAUCCCACACAAGAAGCUGCUCCCCGGGGUUCUGACCGAGGAGGAAGAGGACAUGUUACGAGGGGCCCACGGCGACGACGACGACGACGAGAAGGACACGUGUAGUGGUACGGUGGUGGGGAUGAAGGUGAAGCUGGUGGAUCCGUCGCUAAAGGUGUGGGAAGUGACACUAAAGAGGUGGAACAUGCCUAAGAAGGGGAGCGGGGUGGUGAACUACAUCUACGUGCUGAGCUCGGCGUGGAACGACGUCGUUAAGGCGAACGGCUUGUUGGAGGGUGAGGUGGUUCGGUUGUGGGGGUUUAGGAUGGGCGGCGGGGACCCGGGCCGGCUCGGGUUGGCCUUGGUUCGGGUUGACCAGUUGGAAAGGUGACGAUGGUGGCUAGUAUAUGCUGACGGAGAAAGUGGUGGUGGUAAUAGACUAGUAUAUAGCCGUCGCUAAACAGCAUUAUUGAUUAAUUAAGUUUGAAUGAUCAU